AUGGAGAAAACAUGCAAAGAAGAGGUAUGAGAUGAAGACACCUUGACAUUAUACCAUAAACGGCCCGAUAUCAGAGGACGGUAGCUUCCCCUACGGGGUUAUACGAAUUUAUAAGAAUAUGGCAGUUAUGCUUGUGAUUCUCUUAACUUUAGGCUACUGUUUCCCAGGAUUCUCUUCGCUUUUCGGCAUUUUGAAUAACAUAGACUGGUAUAAAAACAUUUUUGAGGAAGUUGCUCUUCUUGAAAGAGAAAAUUAGCUAUCUUAGCUAGAAAGACCAAUCUUCAAGCAAGUAUCAGGAAAAGACAAAAUGCAAAAACCCAAAAAAACUUAGCUAGUGUUUUCAUUGAGUAGAGCUGGAGGUAUAAUUACGUCCUAGUUUGUUUUAUACAUCUAUGUAUUUUUUCAACUUUGUUAUUUAUAACUGUGAAAGGUUUGAACCCAGGGGUCAUUUCAAAAGUAGGUUGAUCAAACUCAACCCGGACGAUCAAACUCAACCUACUUUCGUUUUUUAUGUUAUCGCUAUCGCUCGAUCAAUACAUCAAGGCCUCCAACUGAGAUUACCCUGUAAUGAUCUCACUUACGGAUAAUAAGUAGCAUGUAUUAAUACUACGCGCGGCUACUAAACAUUUUGAUAUUUUUGCCCGGCGUUUUCUUGCAGAGUUCGCAUGUUAGAAUCUCGCGAGCCUCAUCUGAGACCAAACAGAGGCUGGUGAAUGGAGAGAAGGGUUUCUACAAAGGUUUGUGUUACUCGUGGGUUUAUCUAUGAUUUCAAAGUAUAACCUCUUAACUCUAUUUUUUUCCUUUUUCUCCCAAGGAAAAAACAAACAACAUAAGAUGAUAUCACCUAUAAUGAUCGACAAUCAAAUUGUAAGUAGUUUUCUGUUGUAGCCCCUUUGGGGGAGGGGAGGGGAGGAUGAGUAAGAACACGAUGGAUUUAAUUAUAUAACUGGACAUGCCGUCUCUCAGUCUCUACAUUAGGGAGCUUGAAUCGUUUUACGUAUCUGGGUAGAUCUGGGUAAGUGACCUCCUACCCUUCCCCCAAACCAACAUCAACACUUACUUCUCUGCACUGAGGGCAAAAUGUUGAUUUAGGAGAUGGGUAGGUGGUCAGUUACCCAGAAACGUAUAAGAGGGUCUCAAUGGGGUGGUGGCUUUUACGGUUAUCGGCUAAAAUUUUGGCUCUUUUACGGCUAUCGGUUAAUUUUUUUCAGUUACGGUUAACAAAAAAGUUAAAAAUUAACUUCUGUUGUUUCAAAAAGUUAAAUAUUAUUUAACCUGUAUUUUUUUGUAUCUUUAAAUCAAAAUAAAGGUCUUCGGAUCAUCUCGGGUGAAAUAAGCUAUUCUUUUGAAAGAUUUUAACAUUUGAUAGAUCAUACUUGUUAUAAAGUAUUCCACUUCUAAUGUUAUCUCACACAUAGAAAUGUCAAUAUUCAAUUUAAAAAUAAUCUUUGUGAAAAAGCAAAACUGAGCAGACACGCGAACGCCCAACUCAAGGCCGGAGUGCGACAUUCAUUAUAACACUAAUUGCCGUUUUCACACUAGAGACGGAUUAUUCGUGUGAGACGGGUUAUCCGUUUGAUUAUUCGUCGUGUCAGAUAGGUAAUACGUCUUAAUUUGAAAAUGAAAUAGUUUUAAUUUUGAAUGAACAAUCCGCCUGACUUUUGCAGACGGGAUUAUCCGUUCCAGAUAGCCUGUGUACAGCCACCCCCUCCCCUCAGAAAAAGUCGGAGAAGGGGUGUCUGUGGGGAGGGCGCGACUGUACAGAGACUAGUCAGACGGAUAAUCCAUUUCUAGCUCUAGUGUGAAAACGGCCAAUAACAAAAUUACCGAGUCCAGUCAGGAGCCCAUAACCCGAAGCGUUCAACUGCCAUAAAUUCGUGCCACGGCGUUUUUACAAGUGAGUUUAUUUUUAGAUAAGCUUUUCCCGCGAAAAAUAACUGUUCCACGAGGCCAAUUCCUCCAUUUGAUCGUCGUUUAGACUGUUAGUAGUUCGCUUGGACCUUGUCACGGUCGCCUAUUUCGAAGAUGAUUUCGAUUUAAUUCCCUUUUCGUGAAUUAUGUGUUGUUGCCGAUGAAGUACAAGUCCUGGCUAGGUUUUGCAAAUCUUGCUCUGAACUGCUAGUUUCCGCGUAAAUACUGAAAUUGUCGGUUGAAGUACUGUCAGCAUCCUCGGAGACCCAGGGGCAGUUAGUCGGGUCGAUAAAAUGUUCGUGGUGAAAGUUUUCUGUAAGAUGAGACGAGCCCCUGGGCACUUACUCUUACCGAACCAGUUCCAGAAGCGUUUGAAUUGCCUGCUUCUGAUUGGCCAGAAAAAUUUUUUUCUGGCCAAUCAGCGAAGAGAAGCUGCCGGGUGACUCUUUUGUUUUGUUACACGACGUAGUUUUCCUCAUCGAUCGCCAUAGUUGCGCAGCGCGUUCAACGGGGAAAGUUUCUCGAGGAAAGUUUCAGAACAAAAUGUUAACAACCCGCAAAAAUUACAACCUUUAGCACGGCUACACGAAACAAACACUCUCCGAUGAAUUUUUAAGGACGAUCUCUUCAAGGUAUCGUAAAUCUUUAUUGCUGAUACGAUACGCGAUGCAUGACUUCAUUGUCUAGUAUACAACGCCAAGCUGACAUUUUAGAUGUCCAUGUUCGUUACACGACUUCUGAAACUUUCUACAGCGUGAAAAUUUCCGUUGCACGGGCCACGCAACUACGUCGAUUGAUCGUGGGAGUUGCUGGCUUGCUGCAGUGCACGCACCAUCUUUCUUUCGCGCCAAACUCCCUUACCGUCAGUACCAUACGUAUUUUAAAUACAGCCGUUGUGUUUAGUUCGAAAUCUCGGUCCGGUUAUGUGCUGAAUCCUGACUUGUUAAGUGAGGUCGAUUUUUCCAGGCUGUGUGGGUUUGUUUUUACGGAUAAGCAAAGAAAAAAAAAUAAAGGUGAGUUUGCGAAAAUGUUUCAAAGUGGUUGGUGUGGAAGUGUUUGGAGGGCGAUAAACGAACAGUGUGUGACACGCGUAGGUAUAGAGUUGAGAAAUCGAGGAAGGGUAGGAUGUCUAUAUAGAUAGCUUUGUAGUCCCUAAAACUUUACAAGAAGUGAAUGCUCUUAAGGAAAUUCCAGGGAGAAGAGACCAAGGAAUAGGUACACUUUCCAAAGAUCCAACUUCAGCUCUUGAUUUCAAGGGACCUGGGUCUCUGGCUUACUAAACCGCAUAAGAGAAGCUGGGUUAAUCUUCACUAUUAUUAGAAUUAUGGCUAAUAUGGUAGAAAUGAAUUUUUAUUAUAAGAUAUCUUUUAACAAAUACAUGUAUAAAGGUAAUUUCACAUACCGGUAAUAUGUGAUUUUUUGGCAAACUAUUUAUCUAUGAUUGGCUUGAUGUUUCCCCUUACUGACCCCCUCAAACACAUCCACAGUGCCAUUGUUUUAACUCCCUUGCAAUUGAUGGUACAACAUUGGACUUAUUGUUUGAUAUUUCAUAACUUCCCUAUCAUAAUUCUCCUCAUCUGACAAUAAUAUUCUUCACUGCUAAUUAUUUUUAAAUCUUUAAAUACCUUCUUCAGAAGGGUAAAAAUCUUCAUUGCAUGGUCACCAUUCCACACAGUGUCUCUAAAAUGCUUUCCACACAACAUCAGUUAUUACAAUUACCAAAUUAUUACUGUUUCCUGUAGAAGACAAUCAGAGAAUACAAAUUCUAGAAUACAAGCAGUAAAGAUUUGAUUCUUGAAAUUCCUGUCUCGGAUCAUCUUGAUUUCUUUAAGCAGACUAACAGUCUUUGGCUCUGAUGUCGUAACAUUAGUGGCUUAGAAUGAUUCUGCUGUUUUCAUUACUGUCAUCAAAAAAGGAAGGACUUUUUUCUCUUCUGCAGGUUGUGCACUAAAUAAAAUCUAAGAGAAGAAAGACUUUAAGAAUUAUUGAAAACAGUAAGUGACAAUUUCAGCACAGUUCCCUUUUUCCAGAGAGUGUUGGAAAACAGUUGUAUGUUAUUUGUAGGUAUACCAUAUUUACUUGUAUAUAAUGUGCACCCGAAUAUAAUGCCCACCCCAUUUUUCUAGACUGUUUUCAAAUAAUAUACUCAGGUAUACGUGUUGGCCACCUAGUAAAACAAUGCCCCAGCGUAAACGUUUAAUAACAAAUUGAAAUAAAAUAAAAUAUUACAGCUCCCUAGUAUUUACAUAACUCAAGCAGUAUUAUAAGUAGACAUGUGAACUCCGAUAAUGAUAAAGUAAAAAAAAAUCUCAACAGCUUAAAAUAAAAUUAAUGUUAUGGCAUCUGUAGUUCUGUAUUAUGGGAUGUUUUCCCAUUUAUAAUUUGUAAAUGUUCAAUUGCACUAUUAUCUUAAGCAGUCACAAGGCUUACUUCAUCAGCUUUCAAUUGUCAAUAAAUGGUGACAAAAAACAUGAUAAUUCUUGUGAAGUGUCUGUCAGCUUUUAGACAUAAGAUUACUGAGCAUCCUUGAAUAAAAGCCAGAUCUGUUAAGUAUAAUGAGGGUCCUGAAGGGGGGGUGAAUCAAUCCCAUUGAAACUGUUUAACCCUCAAUUCCCAUUUUUUACAUUUUUUCCCAUUCUCAGUGAUAGAUUCCCCCUGCCAAUGACUUAAAUCCCAUUUUCCCAAAGCAACAAUAUCCCAUAUUACCCCUUUAGAACUCCCCACAAUGAAUUCAGUAUAGCACCCUUCCUAGUAAACAAAUCAGCAUACUUACCAAUGAACAGCUGUACGUACCUGCAACGGGAUUCUUCUGGUAAAACUCCAUAGAGAACAUUGCCCUGAAUUUCUUGUCCCCCAGUUAAUGAUUCCGGCUUCCGUACAACAAAGAAAACGCUCCCUAUCCAUUCAAUAUUUCUCGAUCUUUCGUUUUACUUUCCCCUAAGUAAGCGGCCUGAAUUCCUAGUGACCUCGAGUACUUUACCUGGUCCUCAAUAAUUGACAUGAGAGGUGAAAUCACUAUGACCAAUGGAUUACUUGGGAAUUCAUAACCUUUAGCAUCUAACGAUUUUUAAACCCCCAAGCUUAUAGGCAACAUUUGGAAUGUUAGACUCUUCUAUCAAUUGCCCAAAAACAUCUCUUUGCUUCGCUUUGAAAUGUACCACCGGAAACAAAGACAAGCCCUUUUCAAGCGCUUGCUGGAGGUCUCCCUCGAAUCUAAAGUUAACACUACUAUCAACUUCGGCAGAAUUCGUAAGGUCAACUGCUGUAAGCUUUUAAGCUUAAAAGUUUCGAAAGGAGUUUGGAGCGAAAACAAGAAGAAGGCACUGCAGCUAACCGGCAUUUCCCACGAUCAAUCGACGUAGUUGCGUAGCCCGUGCAACGGAAAUUUUCACGCUGUAGAAAGUUUCAGAAGUCGUGCAACGAACAUGGACGUCUAAAAUGUCAGCUUGGCGUUGUAUACUAGACAAUGUGAGCAAAUUAAGGUGUGGAAAGUGAAAGCCAUGCAUCGCGUAUCGUAUCAGCAAUAAAGAUUUACGAUACCUUGGAAAGAUCGUCCUUAAAAAUUCAUCGGAGAGUGUUUGUUUCUUGUAGCCGUGCUAAAGGUUGUAAUUUUUGCGGGUUGUUAACAUUUUGUUCUGAAACUUUCCUCGAGAAACUUUCCCCGUUGAACGCGCUGCGCAACUAUGGCGAUCGAUGAGGAAAACUACGUCGUGUAACAAAACACAAGAGUCACCCGGCAGCUUCUCUUCGCUGAUUGACCAGAAAAACAUUUUUCUGGCCAAUCAGAAGCAGGCAAUUCAAACGCUUCUGGAACUGGUUCGGUAAGAGUAAGUGCCCAGGGGCUCGUCUCAUCUUACAGAAAACUUUCACCACGAACAUUUUAUCGACCCGACUAACUGCCCCUGGGUCUCCGAGGAUGUACUGUCAGAAGACUCCUCUGAAGAUUCCUUACGUGUGUUUCAGUGUGAAGGAGUUGUCCUAGUUACGUAUUAAAGGUUUAACAUUGAUGACGCAACUUCUAGUGAUUGGCUUUUCAAAAGGAAUUCGCGGGAAAGGCUUAUCUAAAAAUAGACCUACUUGUGAAAACGCCGUUGCAUAGGCGCAGUAUGGAAGUUAGACGCUCCGGGUUACGGGCCCCUGGUCCAGUGUUUUUAAUGAUAGCAAAGGACUGUACCGAACGACUGUCUGCCGUUGCCUUGUCCGUAGGCCUCAUUAUUCCGCGCGGCUAAUGCUUUUCGGGUCACGUGGUCCAAGCGCGUUCGCCACCGAAAUGCCUUGACCGAGAUUGCGUGGGAAGACGCCGUACAGGGAUUAGGCAUGGCCAUGUCUACCGUAGCGUCAGAGAAAAACAGGGAAGUGUUGUUUAUCGGCAACGUGUUUUACAAACAGAGACAUCCCUGCGUACUGUUUCACUAGUGUUUCGAGGACACGACCUCCUGAAAAUCGCAAAUAUAAUCCCCAGCAAGGAGCCACACUUUCGCUUUGGAAAAAAUUAGUUCCCCAGGAGAGCGGCGGAAAUGGAGCCUAGGUCUUGGUCAACAACUAAAAGGCGCUUCGCCUAACGUGCGUACGGAAUCACUCUAGCCAGCAAAUAAAAAACGCAACCAUAACUGAUUUUAGUACCUUCAUUAAAAGUAACAAAUCUAGGGAACAGUUUCUUUUACGGUUAACUCUUUUUUACCUAUUUACGGCUAAUGGUUAAAAUUUUUCAAUUUUUACGGCUAUCGACUAAAUUUUUGGCCGUUUUACGCCUAUCGGUUAACCCCAUUGAGACCCUCGUAUAACGAUCCGGGAGCUAAAGCAACGACGACGUCGACGUCAACGAGAACGGCAAAAAAGCAAUUGGUUUAGAUUGGCAUAACAACAAAUUUGCACGUGCAUCACGCUUUUUUGUACAUUUUUUUGCCGUCAGCGCACGACUACGACGUGCAACUGCCUAAUUUUACGUUUUGUGGAGGACGUGAACACAAGACAACGACUUUCUAUUUCUUUUCCUGAACUUUGAUGCAGUCUUUUAGAAUUCAACUUCAGAAAAAAUUGGCUGGAGUUGAAUUCUACCCGAAAUGAACGAGAUGGAAUAAGCGCGAUAAAGUUUGAAGCAGCGCGAAUUCACUUUUUAAGUGACUGACCUUUCGUAGCCGUUGCCGUCGUUGUUGCUUAAGCUCCCUAUUAUUACUCAAACAACCUUUUUUUUACCAAUUGUAGUGAUAAACGUUGGGUGUUUCCCGCUUUUUAUUUAAACUCCUCGUCUCUACUGCUUCUUUAAACAAUUUUUUUCUUUAGGCUCCUCCAGAUGGAAAAAGGUUUGACGGCAAAGCUGUUGACCCAGGUAACUGCAAUAAACUUGGUCAGCAUUAUUAAUUUUAAGAAUAAUACCCCAUUCACACCAACUAAAUGUUUUACUAAACACAGUUUACAUAAACACUGGUUUAACUAAACGUGUUUUACUAAAAAACCGUUCACAUCGAAAACGUGUGUAGGAGUUACUUUCAGCCUCGUCUUGAUGUUUGCAGUCUCACUUUCGUAAUGUAAACAUCACGCAAUCUAAUAAAACCCAAUCUUCAUGUUGAGGGAGUUUUUAAGUGAGUUAAAAUUGAGUUCGAAGAUGAACGGUUCAGCUAUGGACAUGUUUAGAUUGCGUCAGCGUGCUAUGUGAACCGUUUUAUUUUAAACUGAGUUUAACUAAACAUUAUUUAAACAUGUUUAAGCGUUGGUGUGAACGGGGUAUAAGUUUCACAGAUGAAAGAAGUACCCGGCGGAAAUUGCCUUGGAAAUACAUGGCAAUUGCAUCCUUUUACGCUUUUUAAUUGGCUGAAAAAUUUCUCACCACCUUCCCAUCUAAUCCCAAAUAAAAACCCAAAACAAAACGAUCGGCGCCUAUUUCUUCGAGUUUUAAUUGGUUCGUUUGAAUUUGUGCGGGCGUAUCGUUUGUUCGACACUUAUAGCUGAAGGUAGUUUUAAUGCUUUUCAUUAUCUUUCCUUCAUAGUUUCCGGAAAAUUAUACGCCUUUAACAAAACAACUGGUGAACGCAUGUGGAUACAGGACAUGCGCGAUAGUAGAAAUGGGCCCCAGUCCUAUUACGCCAACCGCAACACGCAAUCAAGGUUUAGUGAUUCGCAACGCAGAGUACAAGACCUACCCCCACCCCGAGCGUCGAUAGAGACAGUACACGGGCGAGACAACAGGGCGAAUCGUCUGCAGUUGCCAGGGACACCAGAGUAG